AACUAUUCAACGCUCGCGUCUCUCUAUCAAGUAUACGAAACCCCAAGCAUAUCAGUCAACAUGAUUUCGCAGAUCCUCCUCAUCAUCAUCACCAUCUUCCUGCCCCCUGUCGGCGUCUUCAUGAUCGCGGGCUGUGGCGCAGACCUCCUCAUCAACAUCUGUCUUACUGUUCUUGGCUUCUUCCCUGGUCACAUCCACGCCUUCUACGUCGAAUACGUCUAUUACAACAGACAGGAACAGGGCAACGUAGGCGUCUUUGAUAACACUCGUGCUCCUGGUGUGUAUUCGGACAAUGUCCAGACUGGCGGUCGUGGCUAUGGCACCAUGCCUCCCCCUGCUACUAGCGGUCAUGUCAAUUAGGAGUCCUGAGCGGCUUACCAGGAUGCAAAGCCGCAGUAUGGAAUGAUCUAAGGAAGACUUUGGCAUCGGCUAAACGAGAGUGCUGAUCUGACGUCGACCGCGGAGUCUCCUGGGAAUGUGCAAGAUUCGAGUCCUUUGCAUUACCCAUCCUAUUCAACUAAAUAUAUCCUCCACCACCACAUCGCGAAUCUUGAGCGUCCAAUAGAGUGUGAAUCUCAUAGUAGCCUUGUCGCGGAUGAGGUACCUUGUGUUGUAAAUCUUACAUACCAUGGCAUUCGAAGCAACACUUACGGUAGGUCAAGUACAAGAAUGGUGCAAUGCUUCCAGAUCCGACCAAAAACAUCGGUGGACUGAGUUUGUGGAUGCUUAGCCAACUUCUACGUGGAACGAGUUAUUGCAAGGACAGUCGUCGCAAGUUAUCUAAGUGUC